AUGGCUUCUGAUACUUCAGCGUUCGCCCACACGGUGCUUCCAACAGACGCACACCAUAUUCGUCUUCUAAAAUUUGAAGAUACGGCGUCGACGGGACCUCUCAGACUUAGCUUAGGAGUAUACAAAUUCUCAGACGAGCCGGUGUACAAUGCGCUCUCCUAUGAGUGGGGGGAUGACACAGCAGAUCGAACAAUAUUCAUCAACAAUCGUCCAUUCCUCAUCCGAGACAACUUACACACCUGUCUGGGGAUUCUAGCUGGCAGUGAGCAGCGAAGUACCCCGUUCUUCGCGGACGCGAUCUGCAUCAAUCAAGAAGACACUCCCGAGCGGAGCGCCCAAGUGCAGCGCAUGGGUGAUGUAUACAGUCAGGCGCAGAAGGUUCUGGUCUGGCUGGGUCCUGGAACCGCUGAGUCGGACCUUAUUUUCGAUAUAUGUGCAGAGGCAAAGCAAAAUGAAAUAGACCUGGAGGGCUCUAGCGGAAAUGCGCUUGAUAUGCUGUACCAGCGUUCUUACUGGACCAGGCUUUGGAUUAUCCAGGAGCUAUUCCUUGCGCAGGAUGCGGUUGUCUUCUGUGGCUCCAAAUCUGCGCCCUGGUCAUCGUUCAGGGAGCUAACAACUGCCGUCAGAGGAGAGUUUGUUCUCGGGGGGUUCACUGGAGCGGAAAUACAACUUGGCAGUUCGUCCAGGGGGUUACAUACAAGGAAAGUGCUCAGCUAUUUAGACAGAAAAGACCGAGAGGACAGCAUUUUGAACCAGACGAUAGACGAAAUUGUGGUCAAGUUUGGGGAAGCUCAAUGUCGAGAUGUGCGCGAUCGAGUCUAUGGUCUGCUUGGCCUCGCCAGAAUGCCGGAGGACAGUCGGGGCCUUAGGAUUAUGGCCGAUUAUUCCGCAACGACAGUCAAUCUGUUCGUCCGACUGCUCAGUAACAUGCCAUAUGUCCUUCCAUUGAAGUAUACUGCACUAGAGGUUUUCAAUAUCCUACAACUGCACCAUGUCCAUGACUGUGCAUGGGACGUCGGUAUUCCAGACAAAAUCUGUGACCUCGGUUUCGAAGUCGGGCUCACGCAUCUCGGACACACUCGACAUGCGAACUCUCAAUCAUCGGUAUGCGACUGGUGUAAAUCCCAGGGCAAGAUGCAGAAACACCCCACUUUUGAACUGGAUGAGCAUCUUCGACAAGAGUUGCGCGGCAAGGCCAUUUCAGAGUUUAUGGUCGGCAGAAUACAAUGUAGUCUGGCCGCCCAUAACUGCGGUCCUCUGUUGUCCCUAGGGCCUUAUAACAGCUGCGUUACCGCGAGGGAGCUCAAUGAGGGAGACGAACUGUUUCUGAUGGAGGGAACCAAUCUCGUGCUGAUUGGACACAAAGGAAACGCAGACGACGAGUCUGAUCAGCCUGGCAUGGAAUUCACGCGAGGAGUACUCGCACACACAAAAGAUGAAGAAGGUAUCCUACGAGCAGCAAAAUUGCUUGAAGCUUGCUUGCCAUCUUUGCCUGCUCCAAGAGAGGUCCGUUUAGAGAAGGCACGCUGGGAAAUCCCCAGGUAUCCAUUCGAUGUAAUUUAUGAAGAGCUCACCUUGCGGCAGGUUAUGCUCAUUCUGACGCAAGCUGCACAACAUAGCAACCAUUAUGAUGAGCCGCUAUAA